AUGAAAGAUGAAGAAGAAGUUCUCUUUAGUCUCAAUUCUCUUUUUGUAAUUGUUUCUGUCGAUUUUGAUGAGAAACUUCAACUUUGGAAAGUACAAUUGAAAACAACUGAUGAACGUUCUAAGAGUGUUGCAGAAUAUUACAAAUCCAUCCAGCAAGGUGUCGACUACUAUUCAUCAAUGAUCUAUUUUGGCCGUCUUCUCGUUUAUGAAUUAGGUCAAAUUGAUCAAGCUGAAAAAUAUUUUCAAAUAUUACUUAAAUCACUACCGUCUGAUCAUUCGAACAUUGCAUCUGUGCACAAUUGGAUUGGGGUUGUUCACGACAAAAGACACAAUUUAGAUUUAGCAUUAGAGUAUUAUGAGAAAGCCUAUGCGAUUCGUAAACAACAAUUACCAUCUGAUCAUCCAUAA